AUGGUGCGCGACGGUAUGGAACGGCGGCGCUGCCAUGUGUGCUGGGAGCGUGGACACAUUUCGAUGGAUUGUCCUGUCCGUCAAGGUCUGCUCCAUCUGGCGAAUAUGGCUUCUGAGCUGAACGAUCGGAUACGCCGACCUGUACCGAUUCGAGUGUAUCGAGUGAAUACCCAUCGCCGUCAUUAUCGUCCUCCUCCUCGCCGAGGGCAUGGCCGAGAGCCUCCAGAGCAUGACCGUGGAAGAAAUUAUACGGGACGACACGGACUGCCCCCUCGCCCGGCACAUGUUAACUCGGAGCUCAACUACGACGAUCGUGGCCCUUACCAUCGCGAUGUCCAUAGUCGUCCUGCCCGUCCGCCUGCAGAUGAUAAGGAGAAUGUUCGCCCUGCCCCCCCUGCGAACCCAGCUCACUUGCGGACAAGCGUGGCCUAUGACAGGUAUAUCUUACUAUGUGUUCUCAAACAGACAUGA